AUUAUCGGCAAAAUCGCGUGAAAUAACACUCGCGUGUACCUCGCGCGCCGAAGCCCACGCAUGAGACAUUAGAGCGCGGUUACCAAGUUCUUUACUGAGUGUUUUCAACAAGAGCGUGUUUGACUGAGUUUAUAAAAUUUUGAACUUUUAAAUACAGAAAAAAAACCUACUCAAAGAUGCCCAAGAAUAAAGGUAUUGUAUAUUUGAAUUUAUCGUUUGCAUAGAAACUGGAAUACUUUAAUUUGUUGUCAUUUUUAAAGGAAAGGGAGGCAAAAAUCGCCGAAGAGGAAAGAACGAAAAUGAGUCAGAAAAACGCGAACUCGUGUUUAAAGAAGACGGGCAAGGUACUUUAAAAUGAGUUUAAACUAUUCAAAUCUUUACAAUAUCUGUAUUCCAGAGGUUUAUGUUAUGUUUUGUUUGUGAUAGAAUACGCUCAAGUGACAAAAAUGUUGGGGAAUGGCCGACUUGAAGCAUUGUGUUUUGAUGGCACGAGAAGGCUGUGUCAUAUUCGAGGAAAACUACGGAAAAAGGUCAGUAUGUAGGGUCAAAUAGUUGCAUAAGUAUACACAGUAUAUAUUUCCUCAGUGUAUUGUUCUUGUACUUAUUGUAC